UCAUGCCAAAGGAGGGCAUGGGAGGGACUUUGAGGGCUUUAUAAGGCAGGCCCGGAGCACCCAACGGAGAAGAGAGCAGACCCAGCAACCGCACAGCGCACCUCCCAGCUCUGCAGACAAGAUGCAGCGACUGUGUGUGUACACACUGAUUUUGGUGCUGGCUCUGGCUGCCUUCUCCGAAGCCUCUUGGAAGCCUCGCUCCCAGCUGCAGGAUGCACCCUUGGGUCCAGCAACCAAUAAGGGCCUGGAGCCACAGUGGCCAGACCAGCUGGGACCAGCCUCUCACCACCGAAGGCAGCUGGGGCCCCAGGGUCCCCCACACCUCGUGGCAGACCUGUCCAAGAAGCAGGGGCCAUGGAUGGAGGAAGAAGAAGCAGCAUAUGGAUGGAUGGACUUUGGCCGCCGCAGUGCUGAGGAAGCAGACCAGAGUCCCUAGAACCAAGCUUCAGAGCGGCACCACCCCCUGCCCCACGCUAGCCCCAACUCAUGGAAAGCAAAUCAAAAUA